CAGGGCGUCUGAGCGGGCUGGGGCCAUGAGUGCCGCCCGGCCCCAGUUCAGCAUCGAUGACGCCUUCGAGCUGUCCCUGGAGGACGCAGGCCCUGGGCCCGAGUCCAGCGGGGUCGCCCGCUUCGGGCCGCUGCACUUCGAGCGCCGGGCCCGGUUCGAGGUGGCCGACGAGGACAAGCAGUCCCGGCUGCGCUACCAGAACCUGGAGAAUGAUGAGGAUGGAGCCCAGACCUCUCCGGAGACGGAUGGGGGAGCCAGCACCAGGGAUUCUGGCCGAACAUCCAUCCGCAGCUCCCAGUGGUCCUUUAGCACCAUCAGCAGCAGCACUCAGCGCUCCUACAAUGCCUGCUGCAGCUGGACUCAACACCCUUUGAUCCAGAAGAACCACAGGGUAGUGCUGGCCUCCUUCCUGCUCCUCCUGCUAGGGCUGGGGCCUACAGAUCCUGCCAAAGUCCUCAAGCCUGGACCCUUGCCUCUCCUGUCUCGCCAAAAACUGGAAGUUCCUAGAAAGCCCCAAGUUCCCUCCAGUCUCUGGGCCUUUGCCAGGCUGUUCCCUCCAUCUGGAAUACUCCUCUCCCUUUCUGCCUGUGCCAUGCCCAUAGCAAAGCCUCUGGAGUCAGAUCACCUCCACCUUCUAAAUGCAGUCCUGGGCAAGUUACUUCCCCUCUCUGUGUCUCAGUUUCCUCUGCUGUGAAAUGGGGAUGGUAAUACCCGUCUCAGUCAAGGUGACAAUUAAAUGAGGCACUGCAUGUAACACAUUUAGCCCAGUGCCUGGCAGCAGCUGGUAGGUGGUCACUAAAAGCUAACUGCUACUGCUGCUGCUGUCCCUGCUCAGCUUAGAUGCCACUGCCUCCAAGAAGCCCUCCCUGAUACCCCAGGUUCCCGAGCUGUCUGAUCACCAGGGUUGUAGCUUAGAGGUUCUUGUUGCUUGCUCCACUAGGGAAGGGCCAUGGGGGCAGAGACAGACAUUUCCCAGGGCCUGCCAGGUGCCCUGAUCUGAAAACACAGAGCUUGGUGAAUUUCCCCUGGCAGUUCUCUGCCCAGGGGACCUUCAGCUUAGGCGGGGGGGACACCAUUCCUCAGGCCUAAGCCAUGUUGG